ACGCCAAUGGAUUUCUAACUCCAAUUCAAUCAGGUUCCUUGCUUCCGCUCAUUGGAGCGCUUCCGGAAGAGAGAGCCAAGUUCCCCCUCGUCGAUUAAUCCGAACGGCGGUCAUCCGAAUUGGAUCAAACAAUCUCGCUCGGCCGACAAUUCUCUGGCGAAGGUUGGUCCUCCUUCAGAAAACUUUCCGAUUUUCGAGGUAAAAUCUGGUUUCUUCUUCACCUUGGUAUUUCAAUUCAUCAGUUGUUAACUGGGACUGCAGCAAAGAGGAAUUGUUUGCAUAUUUCAACUAGAGACCAUGACCAUGGGAACCUAGUUUGCGUGGAUAGGGAAUUGAAUUGGUAGGGUUUCUAGGGGGUUUGUUCUUGUGGUGGAUAUAUAUAUCUAUAUAUCUAUAUAUAUAUAGUUAGGGCUAGGGCAGGGAAGGGAAGGGAAGGAGAAAUUAUGAAAAGCCGUUCGCACCGGCUUCCUACAACGGACCCGCCCGAUGACUGGGUUGAUGGUUCUUGGACGGUGGAUUGUGUGUGUGGGGUGAACUUUGAUGAUGGGGAGGAGAUGGUCAACUGUGAUGAGUGCGGCGUUUGGGUGCACACCCGGUGCUCGCGCUAUGUCAAGAGUGAGAAAUCAUUUGCUUGUGAUAAAUGCAAGAGCAAGAAAACUAGGAAUGAGAGCGAGGAGACUGAGGUUGCUCAGUUGUUGGUUGAGCUACCCACUAAAACAUUGAGGAUGGACAAUCCAUACCCAUCAAGUGGUCCACCUCGUCGCCCGUUCAGACUUUGGACUGAUAUGCCUAUGCAGGAGAGAGUUCAUGUUCAAGGCAUUCCUGGGGGUGAUCCUGCUCUCUUUGUUGGUCUGCAGUCUGUCUUCACUCCCCAGCUAUGGAAGUGCACAGGGUAUGUGCCAAAAAAGUUCAACUUCCAAUACAGGGAGUUUCCUUGUUGGGACAAGGAGAAGGAUUAUAAUGGUAGAAUUGAUGAGGAAAAUGAAAAUCCCGUUGACAAAGGUGCCGGUGUCCUGUUCUCUUUGUCAAAGGAGAAUGUCGUGGCUACUCCUGUCACAACUUUGAUUGACAUGAAAGGAAAAGUUGAGGAAAGUGGGUGUGAACUCCUGCCACCCCAAAAAGACAUGAAGAAAUGGGAGGGUGAGCAUGUAGAUGCGAGCUACCCACCAAACAGUGUUAAGAAGGAUAGAACCUUAAUUCGACCUUUUGUGCUUCACUCGAAUAAGCAUAAAAAAGAGGAGUCUUGCUCAUCCAAGGAUCGAAGUGGAAAGAAGAAAGUUAGAGUUGUUGACAGAGAGGGAGAUCCAAAGACUAGAGCUCCACAGGCUUCUAAAACAGCUUCUGUGCUCCCAAGUGAUGCAAACCAAUUGGAAUUAUAUGAAGAUGGAAGUCCUAAGAUUGUCCAGUCUGAUACUCAAAGUACGAGGAAUAUGGAUAUGGAAGACACCUUGCCCAACGAUACUUUACUGCGUGAUCAUCAUUUCAUGGAGAAUAAUGCUGACAAGCCCAAGGAUAGCAUUGCUUCUAGUGUGAAGCCAUCAGAAACCUUAGCUUCUGAUGCACCAGGACAUACUUUUUCAAUUUCUCCUAGACCAAUGGAAAAGGCUGGCUGUCAAGUCUCUGGUAGUACUGAGAGCUUAUCUAAAUUUGAUGAUCACACAGCAUUGUUAGAACACAAUGAUCAGAGGAUUGUUCCCAUAAAAGAAGAGGUUGGUAUGUUUCCAGAUGAUAAUGUGAAUGACAACAAAGGUUCUCUUGCAACUGCGGGGAUUGACCUUCGCAAAACAGAACCCGUCGUUGAAGAUUUCAGUACUUCUGUUGCUGAAGCUAAUGAUAAUCAGAACGGUCAAGAUUCAAGUGUUGGCAUGUGCCCGAGGCUUUUAGAGCCUGUUGCUGAUGUGAAAAAAGAGGCAGAUCUUGAUAAUUUGGGAGGGAACAUCAAUGUUGAUUCUUCUACUUCCAGUGAUAUGAGGUCAGAUGGCUUGAGGCCCUUGAAUCAACUUUCAGGGGCUUCUGCUGAUCACUUGUCUGCAAAUGUUAAAACAAAUGAUACAACUGUGACCAGUUCACUGUCCAGUGACCCUAAGGUGCAUAAUGUUGACAAAUGUACCGAAGUAGUAAGUAAUUGUCAAACACAGAUGGCUGUUGAAUUUCCUCAUGAUGCCUGUCAGUCUAAACAACAAAUGGAUCGACCAGAAGCUUCCAUUACGGUGAGGAAAAGUUCUUCACAACUUAAAAAUGAAGCUGCUGAGGAGCCACCAAAAUUAAGCAGUGUGAUUGUAAUCUCCUCAACCCCACAUGGCCAACGUAAAUCGGCAGCAUCCUCUUCGACCUCAUCAACCAUUGUGACAUCAAAAUCUUCCAUCUCUGACAACCCUAAGCAUCCAAACGCACAGAACUGCAGUAAUACAGCAAAACGGGGAAUAUUUGACUGCGGUGUUAGUAGUAAGAAAGAUAAUAAUUCAAGUGAUACAGUCAGGUAUGAAGACAGGCAUCAAAUGUCAAGGAAAAUGUUGAAGGAGCGCUCAAAAUGCUCUGUCAGUUCUGCUUUGAAAGUGUCACAUUCAAGCAAAGCUUCACCAGCUUCUGAUUCCAAGAAGACUUUGUCAGAUCAUAGGGAUUCUGUGACGUACUCAUCUUCAAAAACAUCUUCAUCUGAGAAUAUUGGAGUUAAUCCAGUCUCUGGUGAUCUGGAUAGUUCAAAAACUCUGAAUGUGUCACAUGUACAACAUAAGAGUUCAGCUUCAGGCUUACCACAGAGAAAUGAAAAGGUUACCCAAUCAAAUAGCCAGUCAUCAAUUAAGUUGAACCAUACACCAUCACACCCUCCUGCGCUUUCAAACUCACCUGCAACACUAAGUGAUGAAGAGCUUGCUUUACUCUUGCAUCAAGAACUGAACAGUUCUCCUAGAGUUCCUCGGGUGCCACGGAUGCGCCACACUGGUAGCUUACCUCAGUUGGGUUCACCAACUGCAACAAGCAUGCUUGUCAAGCGGACAUCUAGUUCUGGGGGGAGAGAUCACACUUUCACUAGAAGAAAGAACAAGGAUCUACCUAAAGAUGGGCCUCGCAGUUCUCGUGAGGUUGAUGAUGAAGCUAAGACAGACAGAUUGAUGCCUUCACCUGAUCUGAGGAAACGUGAUGGGGCAUGUUCUUCAGAUGCUUUUAUGAAGAGGGAAGUAGACAAUGGUUCUAAAAAAGGAGUACAUGUUGUCAAGAGUGCGCCUUCUGUUACCACUGCAACUUUGAGUAGCGGUCCAUCCUCUUCCACUGAAGCUAAUGAGCAAAAUUUUUCAUCAAUGCAUAACUCGCCACAAAAUGCCUCUGAUGAUGACACUGGCACUGUUGGGGGUCCUGUUAACCACACUUUACCAGGCUUGAUUGCUGAAAUUAUGAGCAAAGGAAAACGUAUGACAUAUGAAGAACUAUGUAAUGCUGUGCUUCCGCACUGGCCCAACUUGAGAAAGCAUAAUGGAGAGCGUUAUGCAUACUCCAGUCACUCUCAGGCUGUUCUGGAUUGCCUAAGGAACAGGCAGGAAUGGGCUCAGUUGGUAGAUCGUGGUCCCAAGACAAAUGCUGGUCGAAAGAAGCGCAAGACUGAUAUUGAAGCUCCAAGCUUUGAAUUAGAGGAUAAUGAGUAUGGCAAGGGUGUCAGAGGCAAGGAGGUAGACAGUAGUAAGAACUUUGAAUCACAUCAAGAAGAGUUCCCAAAGGGCAAGAGGAAAGCAAGGAAGCGCAGGCGGCUGGCUCUACAAGGAAGAGGUAUUAAAGAUGUUAGGAGGCAGCGGAAGGCGGAUAUGCUUAGUGAUGAUGAUUUAGGCUCGUUUUCUAGUUCUAGUGAAGAGAGCACGUUCAGCGACGAUGAGAUAGAUGGAGGUGAAACAGUUCCUGAUGGAAGCGAGGCAUCCACCAGUUCAGAUGAAGCCGGAGCUGUGUCAUAGUUGUUGUAUGUCUGCCUUUGGGUUAUGUGGUUCAUGCUCACCAGGCGAGGCCUCUGGUUAAAGUCUCUUCCAUGUUACAUGGAAUAAUAAGCUUACCACAGGAUCAGAAGUUGCAGCUUCCUGGACUAUAAAACCUGGCGGACAGGCAGCUCUACUGAGGUCACUGUUUCUGGCUUAAUGGAUGGUUUUGUUAUGUAGCCUUGUUAUGUAGCCUUUUGUGAUUCCUCCAUCUUUUCCUUUUGCUGGCUUGCCGUGGGAUUGGCUGGUGAUGGUGUUGUAUUGUGGAUGAGGAUGAGGAAGUGUGGAGCAUUGUACAUAUAGAUAGGUCUCCCAAACCAUGUUAAUUAGGAAGUGUACGCCGUUUGUUCUCUGAUACAUAACCAUUCUAGUAGUCUGAUCUGAAUGUUAGAAUAGCAGCAGGGAGGGGUUAUUUUUUCUUUUUCUUUUUCUUUUUUUUUUUUCAGCUUUGGGAGGAUGUUCAUAUGGAACUCUCGCUGAAUCUUAAUCUUUCCUUUAGGCUGAUUUUGAAUCUGGGUUGGAUGCGUGUUUGAAUUUGAUAUAUUUCAAUGUGUAUGGACUGUUAUGGUUACUUUUUUUAA